CCCUCUUCUCCUGUAGCAUUUAAUCAGUGAUCUGUUUCACUUUGUAGCGCCUAGUUAGUGCCUUACAACUAGACACGUUUACCCUUUAGAAGGAAAAGUUAUUUUUUAAGAAUGGCCUUUUAUCCACAGGAGCCGUUUUACAACCCGGUGAUCCCCUUUAAUGGGUCAAUUCAUGGACGUCUACAGGAAGGCAAAAGUAUCAUUAUAUCUGGCCGAGUCUUUCCAGGAGCAAACAGAUUCCACGUGAAUCUACAGUGCGGUUCGGCAGCAGGGGCAGAUGUCGCCCUUCACUUCAACCCGAGAUAUGAUGCCAGCCCUGGUUAUGUGGUGACCAAUACCUUCCAGAACUCCAGAUGGGGCCAAGAGGAGCGAAAGCAUCCAACUCCCUUUCCGCAGGGAUCAUGCUUCAACCUAAUGAUCCAAGUUGGUCGGGACUCAUUCAAGAUUGCCACUAAUGGUAGCCACUUCAUGGAGUUCAGACAUCGCAUCCAUUUUGCUGCUGUGGAUACGAUCCGUGUGGAUGGAAUGGUGGAGAUCAGUUCCAUAGCUUUCCAGAGCCCUCAGCCCUGCACCCCCCAGCCUGCAUACCCUCCACAGUGUGCUUUCCCGCCGCAUAGAUAUCCUCCACAGUAUGCUGUUCCUGGCGUCCCAGCUGGAUAUCCGGUUCCUUCUCCAUAUCCGCCACCAGUAGUCUAUACAGUGCCAUACAAAAGCGUCAUAAAUGGUGGAUUCUACCCUGGAAGGACUAUAACAAUCCAAGGUGUGAUCAACGGCGCUGCCAAAAGGUUAGACACUAACAAAUCCGGAAUAGUGUAGACAUGGCCAGAAUAG